AUGGUUGAAAGUUCUGCAGAAUCUCUUGCUCUGAUUUCCAGCAACCGCUUCCACCGCACUGUCACUCUCGACACAAAAUAUGGCUCGCUGAAUUUCUCUUUCGCCGAUGUUGGCAGCACCACAGGCCCCACGUUGCUCUUCAUACCGGGCAUGUUUUCUUCCCGCUAUAACGGCAUCCGUUUACAUUUAGUAGCAGAGCGCGCAGGUGUUCGUAUACUAACGGUCGACCGACCGGGCAUGGGCGCUUCGACCGAUGUACCACUCUCUCAGCGAAUUGCCGUCUGGGUCGAUAUGCUGCCGCGCCUACUGGCACACCUCGGUAUUUCGCAUGUCAGCCUGGUUUCGCAUAGUAACGGCACGAUGUACCUGCUCAAUACAUGGGCUCAGUGUCCUCCAUGGGUUGAUCCCGCUCACUCUCAAGUUACAACGUGGCAAAUGGCAAAGUACAUACCCGCCAAAGCAUUCGCACUCUGGCACCAUAUUCCGCGCUUCGUCGUCACCCAAGCCGGCCCCGUCUUUGCAUCAAGCAAUGUUCUGAUCAACAUGACUAGAAAUAGCAGCAAAGAGCCUUCAGAUCAGGGGAACACAGAGCAAGCGGAGCUCUCUCGCCUUGCGUCUCGCUUUAUGUGGGAUGAAAACACAGUCGGUGCUAAUAGUGAGGCCCUCACGUGUCUUCGGAAGGGUGACAGCGAUUGGGCAGCCUGUUCGGAUUAUGCCCAGUGUGCGCAGACACUGGCUACUCGGGAAAGUUCCGGAGGUUCAUUCAAGGUUCGCGCGUACUUUGCUGCGAAGGAUGCUAUGAUAGGUGGCCGUGGGCAAAGAUAUUUUGAACAGUGCUGGCAGGCACCGGGGAUGGACGCUAUUGACUUCGCUUCUAAAACUGUGGAUGGAACGGAUCAUGAUAGUCUUGUUGAGUCGAUGGAGGUAUGGGAGGCGAUAUUGUCUUCGAUCAAAUAG